AUGAAAUGAAAAAAUACUGAUUCAGUAUAUUUUUGACUGUUACGGUUGUAAUACAUAUAUAGAAGGGAUAGAAGUGUUUAAGAAAGUAAAUAAUUUGCCAUAUCAUGGCAUUCAUACAGCUGUUUGUAGUCGUGAUGUUCGUGGGCGCACAAGCUCAGUUCCACAACAUGUUUGCUGGAAAUAGGGCUUCGGACGAGAACCAGGCUGGAGAUGAGCCAUUAGCCUUCGCAGGGCCUGGCUUUGCCUCCGCUGGACCAGGCUUUGCCUCCGCUGGCCCAUCCUUUGCAUAUGCUGGUCCCGGUUUUGCCGUCGCCGGGCCGUCAUUUGCAGGCGGUGCUGCAUCAGUAGCCGGCUCAGGCUGGGCUGGUCAUAGAAGACCAAACUUUGGCAAGCGAAAUUUCCCGCACUUGCCGGGCUUCCCCGGCGUGCCGAACUUCGGCCCUGUCUUGCCGACCUUCGACUUCAAGAUGCCAGUGUUCAAGCCACUGACCCCUGAGGACAUCAUGAAGCAGGCGGAGGCGCACGGCGGCUCCGGCAUGACCAUGACCUCGGUCAACGGCAAGACGCAGGUCACCUACAUGAAGGACGGGAAAGUGGAGACUUUUGAACUCGGCGGGGAGGAUGAAGCUGAAGAGGAAGCCCCCUCUGAGUUCGAGAAUGAGCCGAUGAAGAAAACCGGGCCGAGGAAGUUCCACAAGGGGAUGUCCACGUCGUCAUUCUCGUCGUCCGUCAACAACAACGGCAAGGAGAAGCGCGUGGGCGGCACGACCGUCCACGUCAACGACAACGGCAAGACUAAGACACAUAGCUUGAUUUACGACCAGAACGGAGACGAGGAACCUAAUUAUUUCGUCGAUGAAUGAUGAAGUAAAUUGAUUACUCGACUCGCAUUUUAUAGGUGGCCAGUGUUUUACGUUCUAUUUUUGAAACUAUUUUUUUAUUAUUGAUAAUGACCAAUAAGUAAUCUGUUAAGUACUCUGAUAUUUCGACAGUUUUAUGGAUAACUUAAUUAUCUAUAUUGUAUAAAUUAUUAAUUUACUUUAUUAUAAUUGAAUGAUACAAAUAAUUUAAUAAUGCGAAGUGCCGCUUGUUUGUUUUAAGUAAAUAACUUAUAAAAUG